AUGCGUUGGAUUCUUAUUUUGGUAGUUGCCUUUGUGGCCAAGGCUGUCGGCGGUGCCCGCCAGGGAGUAUUGAAUGCAAUGAAGAAUCCUUUGCGAGGCAUUACCAAGGCGUGGCCCAAGGGUGAAACCAAGAGCACCCUCUACCGCCGCAAUGCUUUUCGACGCCGGCCCCGCAGAGACAUGGCCACGAUGGGUGAGCCGGAAGUGAUGAGUGAGCCGGAAGCGGAGCUGCCGGAAGUGCAGUUGCCUCCCAAGGCGAAAAAAGGGCUAUGGGGCCGCACUCGCCUGGGCUUUAAGAAGCUCGGACGGGGCAUUCGAAGGAGAAUACCCGUUUCCCCAAAACUGCCGCUCGCUAUGCGCGAGCCGGGCCCAGAAGAACUUCACCUCUUGGAGAAUUGA